AAUGCCUAUCAAAAAUAUAACAAAAGAUAACCCAUAUGUGAAAGAAGUAGAAAACCUUUUAAUGCAAGAAGAAACCCAAGAUAUAAACAUGAAUGAAACAUGCUUACAAGAACAAGAAACAGAAGAAAUUAUAUCAGAUUAUAACAUGAAUAACAAAAAAAAUACUGUUUGUACAGAAAUUCCUAUCGAAAAUAACCUUAAUACAAUACAAGAACCAGUAAUUAAUAAUAUAGAUUUGGAAAAUGCUUAA